AUGCACCAAGGCUUGACGAUGGCGGCGGAAGCGGAGGAGGGCGUGGUGGAUCUGCUACGGCGUCUACGCUCCCACAUCUGCUCUCAGUCUCGGAGCGAAUUCCGACGCGUGCUGCCACUCUACCACCGACUUCUGAGUCCCCGUGAAUCCGCAAGCGUAUCGGUUCAGAACGAGCUGCUAGAUAUACGAGCAAAGCUGCUGGCGUGCGAACAAGACGCAGAUGUAACGAACGUCGUGGACCGUAUGGAUCGCGUGGUGGAGCGCUGCAUGAGCAUUGAGCAGCAACAGCAGCAGAGUACAGAGACAGCAGUUCCAAUAGACGACAUCAUGCGGCUGCUGGUUGCACUCGCCGGUGGAGAAGACGGUGAUACAUUUGUGUUUGAAGAUCCCAUGCAAGCAACGAGCGAAAAGUCCAACAUGAUCUUCGCUGAUGAUAAAAAGCGUGUUGGUGAUCGCAUUCGAAUGAACGACAUUGAAAUGGUGCAGCGCUCAAGAGCGCUCUUUCAUAAGUCGCCAAUUUUGCUCCAAGAGAGAGCACUCUUCUCGCAGGACUUGUUUAGCAAUUUCGGCAAUGGGAUAUCUAGUCGACACACCAGUCUAUGGUGUCCUAAUGGUGCUGUACCUGAAGAUAAAGGGCAGCUUUCAAUGAUGCCAUUCAAACAGCCUAAUCAGUUCUUUGGCCUUCCUAGCAACCAAGACGACGAUCGCGCUUCGAUUCCACUAGAUACUCCAAAGCGUCAGCGUCAUGGUCAAGGUUCGACUGAUACUUGCAAGACGCUCAAGACAGUGAUGCCUGGAAAACAAGCAAAGUGUUUGUCACCAAGGAAAGACGUUUUCUUCUAUGACGGCACACAAGAAGUGCAUUUUAAAGGACAAACGCUGCAGGCAGACUGGGGAGAUGCGAGCAGCAUUACAGAAAAAUCGUCGUGGGGAUCGGAAUGUUCUCUUGAUAGUAUUGAACGCUGGUUAGCGCACACGUACGCAUGGGAAGACCUGGGAGACCGAAUGGAGUUACCUGAGGGUUACGCCAAACCGUCAGUUCGAGAAAGAAAUCGGUCCAUUCGUGACGUAGCGAUUCCUGAUGAUUUUGCUCUAAACGGGGAUAUACCACUGGAGGUACGCGAAGAAGACAUUAUUGAGGAUUCGCUGCGAGCAUUGAGUGGAAUCGACUCCACACUUUUUCGGAGAGAUUUUAAGUCGGCGUCGUUCCAGCUGCCUGGGAUCCGUAACAUCAAGCUCUCAAACACAACUGUAUCGACCACAAUAUCCGUUUUAGAGGCAUUUCGGAAAACCGGAACCAUGGUUAUGAGGUUAGAAUUACUAGCUAUCUAUUACUCACAAGAUCCUGCAAGAGGAGGAAAGACGCUUCAAGCCAUGGGAGAUGCACUUCUGCUGUUCCUGUCAACACAUCGAAUGCUUGUAGAAUCGAUCACGCUGGAAUGUCUGAAAUCUUUGCCAAGCGAGGUAGAUCAAGAGGACGAGAUUAUAUCGAUCACAAAACUAUUGUGCAAGACGCGCAAAGUAUGUCGUGUUAUGGAAACCAUUGGCGGCAUAUUUGGUUGCGAUGCGGACUUCUUCUGGCCAUUGCUGCAACAUGGUCAAUUCCCGCGUGGAAUCGCGUUGAUUAAUCGUUUGCAUCACUACGUCUCCUCUCUACGCGUGGAAGAUUCUUCAGGGCUUAUGCAAGAGCUGGUGAUCUGGUUUCUUGUGAAGUCAUGCUCACCGUUCUUAUCUGUGCUGUCCGACCUCAUUUCGUCGGGGAGAGUGAAUGAGUCAAUCGAUGCUUUUGACGAGUUUGAAGUCACUAUGUGGAGCAGAAUUCUGUUAGAAAAAGCCGCUGCUGGAAGUGGGGAUGGGCUUUUCAGUGAAGAACUAUCGACUGAGGCGACCAAGAUGUUCCCAAAGUUUAUGGUUGGUAUCGCACCCAUGAUUAUCCACGUUAGUCAAGUUCAAGCGCUACUGCGAAGCGUGAAUGCUAUUGCUUAUACUCAUCCUCUGGUAAAUAUGCAAGCGUUGAGAAUGCUUGCUUGUGGGGAUGAAGCUGCUGAGCAUGCAGAGAAGUGGAAAGCAGUAGUAGAAGCCAUGACAUUUACUGGAGGUACCUAUCAUUCAGACGACACUGAGCCCUCUAAGACGGAAAUGGCUGUUGCAGCAGCAUCUAAAGAGGAGUCAAGACGAGAUUUCAUCCGCGAAGACGUUGAAACAAAAAGAAGAUCUCAGUUGGAGCAACAUUACAUGCUAGAUCAACAAAUUCUGGAGCAGAAGCAACGCAGACUUCAACAAGAGCAGCAGGAACAAGCCGAAGACGCUAGACGACUCGAUGAUGAAGAGAAAGCUCUAGCAGACCAGGAGGUUUAUGGACGUGAGGUUCUUUUGGACAAAUUCUCAGUAUUAAUGAAUGACGCCGAAGAGCGACAUGAUUACAUGAAAUGGCGGCGAGAUCGUGCCGUGCGCUUGUCGACCGCAAAGGGACAGCUUCAACGUGUUCGCUUAGAUGAUAUGGCGAAAUGGACAGCAGAAAAAGAAAAACGGCGUAACGAGUCAAUACCUCGUGCACCUGAAGUGAAUAUUGCUGUCGAGAACAACGACCAACGUGCAUCUGAACCAGCGGUGGCAGGGGUGCCAUCAACGAUAACUCUAACUUCCGAGUGGAGAGCAUCUGUGAAAGUGAACAAGGAAGCGGGGAGUCGUACCUCGGCAACUACUGACGAUGGAGAUAGGAGAGCAUCGGUGAAAGUGAAUAAGGAGGCGGGGGCCCGAAAAUCGGUAUCCGAUAAUGAUGGCGUUUGGAGAGCUUCAGUGAAAGUGAAUAAGGAGGCUGGCAGUCGUAGUUCGGGUAUUCUCAAUGACUCAGCAUCCGCUGAAGUGGCAUCCUGCAAAACGGGUAUCCGUAUUCUAAACGAACCCGGAGGAAGUGAUGCGGAUAUGUACGGGACUCUCUAUGGCAAGACGGAUGUGCCUGACAAAGCAAAUACUCAAGCGGAGACCGAAGUUGAUUCUGCGGCAGAAGGUGGACUAGAUGAUGUCGAGAUGGAAGAUAGCAGUGCUGUGGAUCGAGUUGAACCAACGGGUGAUACUACACCAGUUGGGACUCCCACACAGGAAGAGCUAGACAUUGAAAUGCAGGCCGUAAUUCAUGAUGACGAUGAAGCCACUAAUCGAGGAAACAACAGCGGUGAGGAGCUGUCAUCUGACACAAUUGAAAUGGCUGGUAUUGCUGAACCAGCAGAGUCUUUCCGACUAUCUCUUCCUCCCGUACACCCAUUCUUUUCGGUGGCUAUCGCUCAAGAAGAUUCCGAGCUGCUGACCCAGGCAUUGACAGAGACUGCUUCUGAGGCUGAGUUUAUUUCCUUUACGUCGAUUGUCGACUGUUGUGUGGAGAUCCCCGUUCGUCUUGUUGAGGAAAAGCUGGAACAGGUGGCGGUGGACUGGUUUCGAAACUCACUGCGGGUGCUCGAUUAUCUACGCUGGCUGCGGAAGUUGAUGCUCAUGUCAGAAGGACUUUGCAUGGACAUCUUCGCGCGUGAUAUCCUUCAGGGUUUAGACCCCACGACUCGUGUGAAUUGGGGACUUGAAGGUCGCCUUUCGUCUGCUCUCACGUUGGCCAUGAUCGAGGGAUCCGUGGCGCUGGAUGCUAUUUCACAAGCUUUUCAUUACAACACUACCGCAGCACUGUCACCGAUAUUGGAUAGUUUGACAAUGAGGCCAGCCGUUCCAAGCGUCAUCAAAGAAAUCGAGUUAGUGUACGAUGUCAAGUGGCCGCUGGGUUUUGUGAUCACCACGCAGUCGCUGGAUCACUACAAGAAGAUGCACCAAUUUCUGCUUCACGUACGACUGACAUCAUUGGAAAUGCGAGAGGCUUGGGGGUUGUUGCGAAGUAUCCGCGCACAAGGACAACUAUCUUCAUCGCUUGAGCGGCAAUGUGGGGGCGUAGUCUACAAGAUGCAGGCCUUCCUCCGGGCAUUCAACGAGACUUUUGCCACAAAGGUGUUAAUGAUGGCGUGGUCCAAACUCGAGCAUGCAGUACAGGCAGCAACAACACUGGUGGAACUGCGUCACUGUCACGAGGAAUAUGUAUCGGUUGCAACUCUCUGUUGCUUCCUGGACAGACCUGCACUAACAAUCCGCUCGGCUUUCUUAGACACACUCGCAGCAGCCUGGAGCUUGACCGGAUUCGUGAGGGCAUUAGAAAGGCAAGUGACAGGGAGGAUUUCCGAAGAGACUCGCAUCCGUGCGUUGUGCUACGAGUUCGACGUCGCGCUCCGAGUUCUGGUUAGCAGUCUGCAAAGCGUUACUCGUGAUGUGGAUAGAAACACUCGAGAGUUUUCAGAGUGUCUCCUACUCCGGUUAAACUUCAAUCAGUUUUACUCCGCAGCCCCAGUAACAGCAGAAGCAGGAGCACCAGGCGAUCGAGUGUCUGCAGCCAUGGAAUUCUAG